CCCGAUUAACAAACCGGCAACGGGCUUAGAACGAAACGAAACGUCCGACGUCCAACAACUUCCAUCGCGCUCUCCAAAAACGCGUUAAAAAAAACAAGAAAAAAUCUUGGAGUGCACUAAGAGAAGAGCUACGGAGCAGAACUGGCGGAACAACAAACUGAACAACGACACCGCAAAAAACACGGCGGAGAGACAAUAAAAGUCGCCCAGCUGCCAAAAAGGCGCUCAUUGCGUGCGCUGUUUUCGCAACGGCAACGGAAAAUUAGCCACCCGGUUGCGGUGCGAGCGAGAUAGCGAGUGUACGGCAACGGAAUACGGAUUUUCAGAGUGCGGGAAAGUACGAAAAGUACGGAAUACACGAGCACCGGAGGCAGGAGCACAAAGGGAACGGCGAACGGAGUAGGGAUACGGAGCCAGGAUGCGACACGCAUUUGUUGGAUUAAUUGUGUGCUGGCUGGCAGUUUGUCAACCGCAAGCUGAGGCGCAGUUCGGCGGCUUUGGAUUCCAGCCACAGUUCGCCUACCAGCAGCCGCAGUUCCAACAGGUAUACCGCCAACCGCAGUUGCAACCGCAGGUGUAUCGCCAACCACAGGCUUACCAACAACAACCUUUGGUUUAUUACCAACAGCCCCAGCAGCCACAACAGCUCCGCCAGCGGCAGGGAUCCGUUUCCAAGGCGAACACGAAUGCCUACGAGCGCCAGGUGGACUUUGGCAACAACCUUGAGUACACCCAGGGUCUGUCCAAUUCGAGAGCGGUUACCAAGCAGAAUGGCCAGCGGGUGGUGACCAAGAGCCAGGCCCAGACGAGGGAUGUGGACCUGGGCGGUCUGCAGUUGGGCAACACCCUGACCAGGACCAGGACGAAUGCCAAUGGCCAGGUGUCGCAGGGCAUUGCCGAUCAGUUCCGCAUCGGAAACGUGGGACUCGGAGCCUCGCUGUCGCCCCAGAAUCUCCAGAAUGGCUUCGGACUGCAGCGCGGCGCCGACGGAGACCUUCGCCUGGGCUUGGGUCUGCUCAACCUGGACCUGGACCGCAACGUGGCCAACUCGAACACCCUGUCGCAGGCCCAGGUUAAUGCCAACGGCAAGGGGGCCCGGGCUGGAUCAAACAGCAACUCCCAGUCGAACACCCAGCACUUCGGCGGCGUCACCGUCACCGAUACGCGUGCCAACUCGAAUGCCUUCGGCAAGGCGCGAAGGGGACAGACCUCGGCCAGCACCGGCGGCUUCGGCGGCAAUGCGGCCACCAAUGGCCAGAGUUUCGGUGGUCCCUUCCAGCGAGUGGUGCGCCAGAAUAGGCGGCCCAAGCGGAAGGCCCAGUUCAUCCCCUUCGGGUAUCCUGGAGUUGGUUUCGGCCCUGUCCUAAGUCCCUUGGAAAGGCCGAGGAGGCAGUUCGGCAGGCCGGGCUUCGGUGGACCAGGAUUUGGAGGAGGUGAGUUUGGAGGCGAAUUCGGCGGAGGACCUGGGUUUGGAGGACCUGGCUUUGGAGGCCCUGGUUUUGGAGGACCUGGCUUCGAGCAGGAGUUCUACGAGCCCGAACGCCAGCAACACAAGAAGAAGGGCAACAAGAACCAGGCGCAUGGCAAUGCUAAUGCCCAAGGUGGACCUGGAUUCAACCAGCAGGCCUCGACCAAUAACCACGCCAGUCCCGGCAACACCGGCAGCAGUUCCAUCAGCUCCAAUUUGGCCAAGGACGGCAGCAGUGGCCAGGUGAGCUCGGCCAACACAAACACCCAUCAGGGCCAAACGGCGAACGGUGGCUUCCAGAGUGACCAGAACUCGCAAAGCCAGGCGCUCAACUUCCGGCCGGGCGAGCAGCAGGCCUCCAGCGCGAACGCGAACACCCAGCACACCCAGCAGGGCAACCGCGACACCUAUGACUCGAACAGCGGAUCCACCUCCACGAACAACAACAAGUUUGGCUCCGCGACGAACACGGCCAACACGAACUCGCAGGUGGUGAGGGAUGGCAAUCGCCAGGAUGCGACCAGCGAUGCGAACAGUCAGAGCAUCUUCCAGGGCAACAAUGGCCAGGGAGACGCCUCCGCCCAGACGAAUGCGCAGACGAGCAGCCAGCAGGGGCCCGGAGGAUUCAUCAGCAACUCGGCCUCCAGCAGUGCCACCGCCACCGCCGGCAAUGGACAGUCGGCCAAUGCGAAUGCGAACGCGAAUGCGGGCGGAGGAGCAGGUGGUGCGGGCGCAGGAGCCAAUGCUGGCGGAUUUGGAGGCGGUGCUGGCGCCGAUUCCGGUGCCAAUAGCGGAGGCGGCGGUGCUGGAGCGAAUGCCGGUGCCAAUGGUGGAUUCGGUGGCUUCGGCGGCGGCGGUGCCAAUGCGAACAGCAAUGCCUUUGGUGGCUACGGCGGAUUCGGAUUCUUCGGACGUUAGUUUUAGACUUUAAUUUUCUAAAGACUCACCCUACUUUUUUUUGUCACCCCACGAAAAGCACAAGAAUAAAAAUGCAUUUUGUUAAUUUAAA